UCUUGUUAGGUAUGUACAACCUCUCCGUUGCACAGCCCCAGUUUGACUGGGACCGAAAACUGGUCAAACACACUUUGCCAGGUGGGGGGACCGCCAAAUUACGUAAGUUCAAAGCUACUAGUCUGAUUGAGUCCUACGGAUGCAUGUGUGUGGCCGCGUUUUAUAACUAUUAUAAGCAAAACCCGGAGGAGGUAUGUAUCUAGUAUAUGUCUCUGCAGCAGGCGAGCCGGUGAAAAUGUCGCCAGAGAUAGAGGGAGUAGUUGCUAAAUACCCUGAUCUAUUUGAAGAGUCGAAAGGGGUUGUUGAGAGGGAGGUCGUCCACGCAAUAGAGAUUAUCCUAGGGUCUAGCAUCCCGAAGGAUAGGAUCUAUCGGAUGUCUCCAAGCGAGUUUGAUGAGCUUCGCCGGCAACUCAAGGAACUCGUAGAGAAGGGUUGGAUCUGGCCAAGUGUCUCCCCUUACGAAUGCCCAGUCUUAUUUGUGUCGACGAAGGGGGGAACUCUGAGGAUGUGCAUUGACUAUAGGGGCCUCAAUGCCAUCACUGUCAAGAACCGAGAGGCCCUACGGUGCAUCGAUGACUUGCUAGAUAAAGUGCAAGGGUGUCGGUACUUCAGUAAAAUAGAUCUGAAGUCCGGGUACCAUCAGAUUGCAAUCCGGCCUGAGGAUCAACACAAAACCGCAUUUCAGACUAGGUACGGUUUGUACGAGUUUGUGGUGAUGCCUUUCGGCCUAUGCAAUGCUCAUGGCACCUUUCAGCACGCUAUGAAUCGAAUCUUUCAUGACUACUUGGAUAAGUUUGUCAUUGUGUACCUCGAUGACAUACUUAUUUUUAGUAAAACUAUCGAGGAGCAUGUUGCACACUUAGAUAAAGUCCUCAGUCUCCUUCGGCAGCACACGUUCAAGAUCAACGGGGAGAAAUGCAAGUUUGGUCGCACCCGGAUCUUGUACUUGGGUCAUGAGAUUUCCGCGGAGGGUUUGAAGCCUGAUGACGCGAAGGUGGCCAGCAUUCGUGACUGGCCGCGUCCUCAGUCUGUGACUGAGAUGAGGUCUUUCUUAGGGAUGACCGGCUACUAUUGCAAUUUUGUGAAGAACUAUAGCAUAAUGGUCGCCCCUUUGACUGACCUGACUUGCCUUGACACCCCAUGGGAGUGGACAACAGACAGGUGUGAGGCUGCUUUCAGACAUCUGAAGCAUGUGUUGACGCAUCAUGAGGUCUUGAAACUUCCUGAUCCUGACAAGUCGUUCAUAGUAACCACGAAUGCCAUCCAAUAUGGCAUUGGCGCCGUACUUGCGCAGCAGGAGGGGCCAAAGUUGAGGCCAGUCGAGUACAUGACCAAAAAGAUACUGUCUCAAAAGUUGGCUAAGUCCACUUGUGAGAAAGAGCUCUACGUGAUUUAUAAGGCACUGACCCAUUGGAGACAUUACCUCCUUGGGAAGUUCUUCAUCGUCAAGACUGAUCAUCAGACUCUCAAGUGGAUGAGAACCCUACCAUUACUUUCUGAUGCCUUGAAGCGCUGGAUCGAAGUCAUUGAACAGCAUGACUUCGAACCCCAAUAUCUGAAUGGGAAGUACAAUAAAGUUGUUGAUGCCUUAUCACAUAGGCCUGAUUUCUCUGGUGCGCUGAUUACUGAGUUCGGGCUUGUGGACGAUGUAACUCGCUCUUUGGUGGAAGCCUAUCGCAAGGAUCCGUUUAUGUCUAAGAUCAUUUGCAGACUCGAGGCGAAGGACAAAGUGACUUUUGUCGAGUUUGAGUUAGUCAACGGUUUGUUGUUCCUUGAGAAGGCAGAGAAUAAACGUUUGUGUGUGCCUAAUCGGGAGUCUUUGCGUAGUUUGUUUUUAGGAGAGUGUCAUGACGCCACAGGACAUUUUGGAUAUAAGAAGACUUCAACCAAUCUGCUGCAGCAAUUCUGGUGGCCCACGAUGAUGAGAGAUGCCAAGCUAUACGUGGAGACCUGCCAGGUCUGUCAGAGAGACAAGCCACAUACACAGGCCCCUCUUUUCGGGCUUCUCAAGCCCCUUCCGAUUCCGGAAAGGCCCGAUGAGAGCAUGUCCAUGGACUUCAUGGACACGCUGGUCACCAGCAAGAGUGGAAUGAGACACAUCGUCGUUAUCGUGGAUAGGUUUAGUAAGUACGCUAGGUUAGUUGCCAUGCCAGAGACAGCGAAGACCGAGUACGUCAUUAGGUUGUUUAAGGAGAACAAGGUCAGAGAUUUUGGCUUGCCAAAGUCUAUUGUGAGCAACCGGGAUGUUAGAUUCACGAGCGAGUUGUGGAAGGCCACAGCUGCAGAACAAGGAACGUAGCUGCAAAUGACAUAUGGAAACCAUCCAGAGGCAAACGGGCAAGCAGAGCAGUUAAACCGCGUUGUACAACACCUGUUGUGGCACUACAUCAAGCCCAAUCAGGUGGACAGGGAUGAGAAACUUGCUCUCAUCGCCAGUCUGUACAACAACGAUUUGCAGAACGCCACAGGGGUGAGCCCUAACAGUUUGCUACAGACUUUCAAGCCUAGACUGCCCCUAGACUUUCUAAUGCCUGAGAACCAGCCAACUGCUGCACCUGGCACACUAGAAUUUGCUUAUCGAUAUGAACAACUGAUGCAGCAGGCAGAUGCACAAGGCACAGGCGGCGAUGAUAAAAUCAGAAAAUAAGC